CGCGUGGGCAGCAAAAAAAAAAAAACUGCCAACAAAACAAAAAACCCACACUCCACACGGAAGCAGCGCGCAAGCCCCUACCGAGUGGCCCCGUCGUCGUUGUCGUCGGUGCGUGCGAGGGUAAGAAGAACAAGAAGAAGAAGCGUAAGCAGAAGCAGAAACACGGCGAAAACACCGUGUCCGCCGCCACAAUUACAAUUUUGCACAGAACAGCAGCCACUGUGACCGCGUCAUGAGCGUGGACACGUAUGCGCCCAGCUCGGCGCUGUCGUUCCUGGAUAUGGACGACAACGAGUUGCUGCCUGGUGCCGACACGCAGCCGACCCAGUACGACUACCGUGACUUCACCAUGCCCUCGAACUCACAGAGCCAGACCCAGGGCGAGCUGUUGGAGAUAACUCGCCGUCGCUCGGUUGGAGAGAUGCAUCCACGUUUGGCCAGCAUCACGAACGAUCUCGGGGACUUGCAGUUCGAGGAGGAGGACGACGAGCAUGGCGGUUCGUUUGUGAAGGAGCUGCCGCCGCAUGCCUGCAAGUACUGUGGCAUCCAUGAUCCGUCCACUGUGGUCAUGUGCAACAACUGCAAGAAGUGGUUCUGCAACGGCCGUGGCAGCACCUCCGGCUCCCACAUCAUCAAUCAUCUGGUGCGCGCCAAGCAUCGUGAGGUGACGCUCCAUGCCGACGGGCCCCUGGGCGAGACCGUGCUCGAGUGCUACUCGUGCGGCGUCCGCAAUGUCUUUGUCCUGGGCUUCAUUCCGGCCAAGGCCGACUCUGUGGUGGUUCUUCUCUGCCGCCAGCCAUGUGCGGCCCAGAACUCGCUGAAGGACAUGAACUGGGAUCAGGACCAGUGGAAGCCGCUGAUAGCUGAUCGCUGCUUUCUGCCCUGGCUGGUGAAGCAGCCCAGUGAGCAGGGCCAGUUGCGCGCACGUCAAAUUUCCGCUGCGCAGAUCAACAAGCUGGAGGAGCUCUGGAAGGACAACAUCGACGCCACGUUCCAGGAUCUGGAGAAGCCUGGCAUUGACUCGGAGCCCUCCCAGGUGCUGCUGCGCUACGAGGACGGCUACCAGUACGAGAAGACAUUCGGGCCGUUGGUGCGCCUUGAGGCCGACUACGACAAGAAGCUGAAGGAGUCGGCCACCCAGGAGAACAUCGAAGUGCGCUGGGAUGUGGGCCUCAACAAGAAGACCAUCGCCUACUUCACCCUGGCCAAAACGGACUCGGACAUGAAGCUGAUGCACGGCGACGAGCUGCGUCUCCGGUACGUGGGCGAGAUGUACAGUCCGUGGAACGAGAUCGGACAUGUGAUUAAAGUGCCUGACAAUUUUGGUGACGACAUCGGCCUGGAGCUGAAGUCAUCCACCAAUGCCCCGGUCAAGUGUUCCAGCAACUUUUCGGUGGACUUUAUCUGGAAGUGCACCUCCUUUGACCGCAUGACGCGCGCCCUCCGCACCUUUGCGAUGGACCGCCAAUCAGUGUCGAAUUUUAUUUACUCGCGCCUGCUGGGCCAUGGCCGACCCGAUGCCAACGAUGAUGUGCUCUUCCGCGGCGCCCAGCCGAAGCUGUUCAGCGCCCCCAACUUGCCGGACCUAAAUCGCAGUCAGGUGUACGCCGUGAAGCAUGCCCUGCAGCGACCCUUGAGCCUUAUCCAAGGUCCCCCUGGCACUGGCAAGACCGUCACCUCUGCCACCAUUGUGUACCAGCUGGUGAAGCAGCACGGCGGCACUGUCCUCGUGUGUGCGCCCAGCAACACGGCCGUCGAUCAGCUUACAGAGAAGAUCCAUCGCACCAAUCUCAAGGUGGUACGCGUCUGUGCCAAGAGCCGCGAGGCCAUCGACAGUCCGGUCAGCUUUCUGGCGCUGCACAAUCAGAUCCGCAGCAUGGAGACCAACACGGAGCUGAAGAAACUGCAGCAGCUCAAAGACGAAACUGGAGAGCUGAGCUCCGCGGAUGAGAAGCGCUACCGUAAUUUGAAGCGCGGCACCGAAAACCAACUGCUGGAGGCCGCCGACGUCAUCUGCUGCACCUGCGUGGGCGCCGGCGAUGGCCGCUUGUCGCGCAUCAAAUUUACUUCCAUUUUGAUUGACGAAUCCAUGCAGUCCACAGAGCCCGAGUGCAUGGUGCCCGUGGUUCUGGGAGCCAAGCAACUGAUUCUAGUCGGCGAUCACUGCCAACUGGGGCCGGUGGUCAUGUGCAAGAAGGCCGCUCGCGCUGGCCUUUCGCAGAGUUUGUUCGAACGUCUGGUGGUGCUGGGCAUACGACCGUUUCGCCUCGAAGUGCAAUAUCGCAUGCACCCAGAGCUGUCGCAGUUUCCCUCGAACUUCUUCUACGAGGGAUCGCUGCAGAAUGGCGUGUGCGCCGAGGAUCGACGCCUCAAGCUGGACUUUCCCUGGCCGCAACCGGAGAGGCCAAUGUUUUUCCUCGUCACCCAGGGACAAGAGGAGAUUGCCGGCUCGGGCACAUCGUUUCUCAAUCGCACCGAGGCGGCCAAUGUGGAGAAGAUUACGACGCGCUUCCUGAAGGCGGGCGUCAAGCCCGAACAGAUCGGCAUCAUCACCCCCUACGAGGGACAGCGGGCGUAUCUGGUGCAGUACAUGCAGUAUCAGGGCAGCCUUCACUCGCGCCUCUACCAGGAGAUUGAGAUUGCCAGCGUGGAUGCGUUCCAGGGGCGCGAGAAGGACAUCAUCAUUAUGUCGUGUGUGCGAUCCAAUGAGCGUCAGGGCAUUGGAUUCCUUAACGAUCCGCGACGCCUGAAUGUGGCCCUGACCCGUGCCAAGUACGGCAUCAUCAUUGUCGGUAAUCCCAAGGUCCUGGCCAAGCAACAGCUGUGGAAUCAUCUGCUCAACUUUUACAAGGAUCGCAAGGUGCUGGUCGAGGGCUCACUGAACAACCUCAAGGAGUCCCUCAUCCACUUCCAGAAGCCCAAGAAGCUCGUGAAUACCAUGAACAUGGGCGCCCAUUUUAUGUCCACAAUGGUGGCCGAUGCCAAGGAGGUGAUGGUCCCUGGGUCUGUCUACGAUCGCAGCGGCUCCUACAAUCAGAGCCGUCCCAUCGCCUCCGCCUCCAAUCAGGGGCAUCAGCAUCAGAACGGUGGCCAUUUCGGGAGUCCCUAUCAUAGCUCCCCCCUGGGGUAUGGGGCUCCCAGCAGCAUCGGCAGUGCUGGUUCCAUGGCGCCAGCCCUAGGCGGAGGAGGAGCCGGCGGCAAUGGCAACGGAGGAGGAGGGAAUGGCAACAACAACUAUGGAAACGCUUCAAACAGCAUCUCUGCGGGUAGCGGAGGUGCCGGAACCGGCAACAAUUGGACCAACGCCCAGCAGCCUCUCAUGCAACACGAUUCGAUUAGCUAUAUAUCGAACGAGCAUGGAGCGGCCGCCCUCAACAACAUGCCCGUGCCAGUGGGCAUGUUCAUGAACAUGAGCAAUCUGCCGCCGCGGUUCUACAAUCAGCAUCAGCAGGCCAUAUCGGCGGCCAAGCAGAACCGUGGCCUGCCGCCGCCCCCAUCGUCGACGGGAGGUAAUUUCGCCAUGACUGGGGGCCCCGGCAAUGGACCCAAUCCUGGGCCCAACGUUGGCAACGGUUCAGCCAGCAGCAGCAACCACUUGGGCGGCGGGGGCAGCAAGAAGAAGUUCCCAAAGAACCGUGGAGCGGAUCUGGCACAGUCCGUCAGCACUGGGACACCCUUCAGCCAGCAGCCGGCAUCGAUGUCCCUGCAGAUGACCCAGCCCGGUGGCUAUACGCUGUCACAGCAGCCAGAGAUGUCACAGGAUUAUGGGCAGAUCUCCCAAAUGGAUGGAUUGCUCUCCCAAGAUGUGUCCUUCAGUGUGUCGGGCGAACGCAGUUUGAAUCAGUUCUCGCAGCCUUAUUGAGAAUCCGGCAAGAGGAGCAACAAGACCCACAGACGAAUGAAUACCAGAAAUUACCAGGGAAAAACACACACGAAACAACAAGAACAGAAAGAACAAAAACACUCAGUUUUUUGGACGACAUCAAUCAAAUGCAGGAGCAGGAGCAAAAGGCAGCAGCUGCAGGCAGCAGAAAGCGCAAAAGCAGGAGAGAAAAACAGGAGAAGAAAACGACAAACCGGAUACUUAGAACAUCUUUUGGGCACACCAUGAUUCAGAGUGGAAAAGCCAAGAGACGGACGACACCACACACACACACACACACACACCAUAGAAGUGAGACACCGAAUUUGGGGGAAAGCAGACAAACAGAGAGGAAAGCAGACACAGCGGCCGCCGCAGCGCUCCAAUAAUAUGGGGAGUAUUGCCACGGAGACGGACCGGAUCUGAGAAACUGCUGCAGCAGACACUGGCGGCGACGUUAACGACAAAACGCGCCCGAAAAGCAGAUGGGGGCAGGCCACAAACACACAAAUGUGGGCCAUACAGAGGACCUUGCCCACCCACACGCCCGCCAACACCCCCCCGGUACACUUGCGUACACAAAAA